AUGUAUGUGGACAACUGCGUCGCCAGUGUCGAUUUUCCUCAAGAACUGGACUAUUUUCGAAAUGAAUCUUGUAAACUACUCGCAUCAGCCAAAUUUGAUCUUAGAGGAUGGUGUAACAACAGCUAUUCCACUAGCAUUGCUGAAAAAGACGAAUUUCCAUUUGGAACUUUGAAUAUAAAAGAAGUACUUGUGCUAGGAUUGCUAUGGAAUACAGAAGAAGAUACUUUAACUUGUGAUUUAAGAAAAUUGGAAUUGAAGGAUGAACCUGUAACGAAAAGAAGUAUUCUCUCAUUAGCUCACAAGGUUUUUGAUCCAAUUGGAUUUACUGCACCAUUAACCUUGAUUCCGAAGACAAUUUUACAAGAAUGCUGGGAAAUCAAAGUUUCAUGGGACUGUAAGUUGCCUGAUAAUAUUGUUAAAGAAGUUAAAGUUGAGAGCGAUGUAACCUGCCAGUUAGUUCAGGCUCGAUCCCGAGUAGCUCCGUUAAAGAACAUAACUAUCCCUCGUCUAGAGCUUUUGGCAUGUUGCAUAAGAGCAAGAUUAGCAGAAUCCGUCAAAAAAGAUCUGAAACUCGAAGAUGUAGAAACUCACUACUGGACCGACUCCAUGGAUACCUUAUAUUGGAUUAGAACUGACGUAUCAUGGGGUACAUUUGUGGAAAAUAGAUCUGAAUGGUGGAAUGGUCCUGAUUUUCUAAAAGAACCUGAAGAAAAGUGGCCGAAAAGCAAAAUAUUGCCAAAUAUCGAUACAAUCAAUGCAGAAAAAGGAAAGACUAUAGUUACUGCUACUAACGUAAAGGAGAGUAAAAAAUUUUACAACAAGUACUCAUCUUAUUUGAAAUUGUUGAGAAUAACCGGAUGGAUUUUUCGAUUCGCUGAAAAUUCAAAGAAAAGAGAAAAUGACAGAACAAUUGAGGAACUCAACAAUAAAGAAUUGAAAAAUGCUGAGAAAAUAAUUCUGAAAUGUGUCCAAAAGGAUGCUUUUGCCAACGAUGGAAAUAAGAGACUGAAUUCUUUGAAAACAAUUAUUGAUGAUGAAGGACUGAUCAGAAUUAAAACUAAGGUAUUUAUGAGAGAAGAUGAUUUUAAUUUCCGUCUUCCAAUAGUUCUUCCCUCAGAUUAUACUGUGGUUAAAAAUCUGAUUUAUUGGAAACAUAAGCAAUUAGGACAUUGUGGAAUUCAAUUACUGGUGUCUACAUUACGUGAAGAAUUUUGGAUCUUGAAAAGUCGAAAAACUAUAAGAAAUGCCAUAAAAUCUUGUGUCAUCUGCAAACGUUUUUAUUCUAAACCUCCCAAUGUACCAGAUGGUCCUUUGCCAGCAGAUAGAGUGAAAGAUGCACCCAUCUUUGAAAUUGUAGGUGCUGACCUGACUGAUCCCCUCAUUCUGAAAGAUGGUCAAAAAACUUGGAUCUUGAUGAGAUUCAGAACGGAAUAUCUUGGUCAACUUCGAGAAACUUCUUCAAAGACCAAAACUUCAGAAGCUCUGCAAGUUGGGGACAUUGUGAUAAUUUGGAAUGACAAUGUAAGCAGAAUUCAGUGGCCUCUCGGGAGCAUUUUAAAGAUUUUGUCAAGUAAAGAUGGACAUGCCCAAACUGCUAUGUUGCAAACCAAAUCGGGAAUCAUAAUCCGUCCUUUGAAAAAACUUCGUCCUCUUGAAGUCAACAAAACAACUGAAGAAAAAUUGACGGAACAACUAUAG